AUGGCUAAAACAAUAAUAGAUGAGGAGCAAGGUGCUGAACAGCUUAUUAACGAAUUCUUAGAACGCUACAGCAGCCUUGUGUCACGAUUCUUGACAUCGUCGUUGCGCACACGUGCUAUUCUUGCUCCUGCGCCACCAUCCGCAUCUUUUCCCAAGCCAGUGGGGUCGAAUGCGCGGAUUAUGGGGAGAAAGGUAAAUGGUGCGAAGCCGCACAUGACGGCCGAUGAGGAUGCGGUCGAUUUCGCUACAGAGAGUGCUGUGCUUCUCCUGCGGCUGCGCUCUCUGUUGGAGAAACACCUAAAUCAAGAUGGACAGACACCGGUGCUCCCAAGUGCAGGGACAACGACUGGAAACCCCGACAGAGAGAAACAGUUAGCGGGUAAACGGCAUUGCGUCAAUGGCCACUGUGUAGCGCCGCCGUCAAGACGUGCGUCACAGCAGGUACAUCCUCCAUUUCCCACCACUGCGGCGGCUGGGGAGGCCAAAGACGUUGACGCCACGAGGCAUAUCACCGGUGCUGCGGAUGCCAAGUUUCAGGCACAAACGGCGAGAUUUUCAAUGGGGUGUCAAUGCCCCUCUUUAUCGCAAGGUACAACGCCGAAAUGUGAAGGGGGUGACUCAUUCCUCCACAUUGCACACGGUCGUCUAACUUUUGCGCUACAGCGACAUACUGGUGAAAGCAUCCUUUCGCUGGACUCUGCCCUGAACGAGUCGGAGAUGGGCCUCUCGAGGAUAGGUGAGCGUGCACUGCGCAUUCAAACAGGUUACGUGGAUGGGAUUGCGCGGGAGCUCAAAAGGGAACAAGGACGACUCGACGAAAAGCAGCGUGAUGGGCAUGUAUUAAAUAUACAGGAGAAGUUAUAUUACCGCGAGAUCAUGGAAGUGCUGGAGCGCCUUGAAAUGGCUUUGGCAGAGGUGAACUAUACGACAGUCGUGGAGGAGGUAAGCGAGGGCGGUGAAAGUGGUGGUGCUGGUGGCCGACGAGCCUCGAGUGGCGACAGCAAUGGGAAUGACCUUGCCAGUGUGUUCGGCCGCGGAGGUGCUGGCUUCGUGUCGAGGCUGGUUGUGCAGAACGUGCAGUGUUUUUUAUCGGUCCUUGUUUGCACAAGCAACUCUCCACAUAGGUGGGGUUACCUUGAUAAGGUGUUAUUUCUUACUGACUCGGAGAGCCCGGUGCCCACUGUGCCAGUGGAAAUGAACGGCACGCCGUCGCGUGGAUCAACUGACAUGUGCCUGGAGAAAACGUUGUCGCGGGAGCGCUCCACGAGUGUAAAGACGAACGACAGAAUUGAAGAGUGGGCAGAGGUGAGAAGCACCAAUUCCCCGCGGCAGGCCUGUGAGCAGAAGCUUCGGCAACUUGUGGUGAAGUUUCGCCCGUGCCAUGCUUACGAGAAGGUUCAACGAUAUUGUAUCCCCUUUGACGUGAAGGGUGUGUGGUAG